AGACAAAUCUAUCUGAUUGCUGCAGCUGGCUACUCAAGCUACUGUCCUCUCUUCCUCUCUCUCUCUCUCUCUCUCUCUCACUGAGCACACUCACACACUCUCUGUCCUCUCACUAUAAAUGUAGGGCAUUGGAAACCCUAAUCCCAGAUCUCAAAAACCCUCUCCACCAUUGUACCUAAAAAAAAACCCUGCCCCUCUCCGCUAGCUUGUCUUCUUCAUCCGUGUGAGAAUGGCUGUGUUGAGCUCACUUGUCCUGUUUUCCUGCUUCCUUUUACUUGGCUCUGCUUUUGGAGCUACUUAUUUGGAAGGACUCCUCCCGAAUGGAAAUUUCGAAGAGGCACCCAACAAAACAAACCUCAUCAAGAAAACGGUAAUCAAAGGAAAAUACUCACUUCCCAAAUGGGAAAUCAACGGCUUAGUUGAGUACAUCUCCGGUGGGCCUCAGCCCGGCGGGAUGUACUUUAACGUGGCACACGGGGUCCACGCGGUGAGGCUGGGAAACGACGCCUCGGUCUCUCAGACAAUACCAGUGAAAAACGGAUCACUCUACGCACUAACAUUCGGUGCAUCGAGGACUUGUGCGCAGGACGAGGUGUUGAGGGUUUCGGUACUCCCUCAGACGGGAGAUCUUCCCCUGCAGACACUGUAUAGCAGCAAUGGUGGGGAUACUUAUGCUUGGGGAUUCAGGGCUACUUCUGAUUUUGCUAGGGUGAGUUUCCACAACCCUGGGGCUCAAGAGAAUCCUAGCUGUGGACCCCUCUUGGAUGCUGUAGCCAUCAAAGAGCUUUUCCCUCCGAGGCCAACAAGAGCUAAUUUGGUAAAGAACGGCAAUUUCGAGGAGAUCCCCCACCUGCUAAUGAACUCUUCCAAUGGUAUUCUACUCCCUCCCAGACAAGAAGAUCUCACAUCCCCACUCCCGGGCUGGAUCAUCGAAUCCCUCAAAGCCGUAAAAAUAAUAGACUCGAAGCACUUCAAUGUCCCUUUUGGCUUUGCCGCAAUUGAAUUGGUUGCGGGAAGAGAAAGCGCCAUCGCCCAAAUUAUCCGAACGAUCCCAAACAAAUACUACAACCUAUCUUUUUCCGUGGGAGAUGCAAAGAACGGCUGCCACGGAUCGAUGAUGGUCGAGGCGUUCGCAGGCAAAGAUACCAUAAAAGUGCCCUUCAAGUCCCAAGGGAAGGGUAGGUUCAAGAGAGCUAGUUUGAAGUUCAGAGCAAUUUCAGCCAGGACAAGGCUUACUUUCUUCAGUUCAUUUUACCACACCAGGGUUGAUGACUUUGGGUCUCUUUGUGGCCCUGUCCUUGAUCAAGUUAUGGUUGUUCCAGUUGCCAGGGCUUGAUCUUUUUCAUUGCUUAAGUUAUGGUAAGGAUUAGGAAUAAUUUAGACUUCCGAGGUUUUUGCCGUUUUGCAAGGGUAGUUUGUUUGGGUUUUUUUGUUCAUUUUGGCUCAUUGACUCCAAAAUGUCAUGCGCUUGCUCUCGCGGAUUUUAGUAAUUCAGAAUGUGUUUUAGAGA